UAUGGGAAGAUACCAUUGCAAGAGUUAGCUAAAAAGCCUUAUGCAAUCGGCAGCAAAAGUCAGCUAUCCGUCUGGGAAAGAUGCUUAAACUCCUAGGGAUCUAUAACAAAGCUUUGAUGGGUACAAUAGCACAUCGAUUAGUUGAUCUUGUCUGGAAAAAUGUUCUACUAUUGCCAGAGAAUGACUUCAAAAAUCUGGUUCGCGGCCAUUCCUCUUUCCUUUUUGAUGCUGCAAGAUCAGGGAAUGUUGAAUUUCUUAUUGUACUUAUACGCUCUUAUCUCGAUCUCAUAUGGAGAGUAGAUGAGAAAAACCGAAGUAUAUUUCACCUCGCUAUUAAAUAUAGGCAAGAGACUGUAUUCAAUCUAAUAUAUGAGUUAGGCUCUAUCAAGGGUAUCAUAGCACUCUAUACUGACCAAGACAAGAACAAUAUGCUGCACUUGGCUGCUGAAAUAGCUCUUCCAGACCGACUAAAUACCAUAUCAGGAGCAGCACUCCAAGUGCAACGAGAGUUAUUGUGGUUUAAGGUCGAGCUCAACAAUCUGUCGGUGGCCAAGUUCUCUCGAGCAGAGCAUGGUACUGCAAGAGGAUCGCCAGUUCUCUCUGAUUUGGGAUUUGACUUGUUGAACAGCCUCUUAGCAUACGACCCGAAAAAGCGGAUAACAGCGAAGGCUGCCCUAAAGCAUGAUUGGUUUCAUGAGGUUCCUCUUCCUAUAUCUAAUUUCAAUUGUAACUUUUCUGUCUGGCAGCCCUAA